GAGAGGCACGCAGUCUCUGCUGUCCGUACAGUCACACACACCUGCGGGAGGAGCGGCGCGGCGCGUGAGACCGGGCGCGUUUGCUCAGACCCAACUCGGGUACCGUCGGUACUGACGGAGACGGAUCACGAUAAAGGAUCUGCUCGGGACUACAUCCAGCCACGAUGUCCGACUUUAUUUUGGCAUUUCUGAGCAUGUCGGGAUUACUACUUCUGAUGAAAAUGCUGACAGUAGCCGGGGCUGAGCAAGUGUGUGACGCCGGAGAGUUUUCGUGUGCCGACAGACGCAGCUGUGUUUCUGAAAGUUGGCUCUGUGACGGAGAGCUUGACUGCUCUGAUGGUUCUGAUGAAUCACCAACCAUAUGCUUGCAGCAGGUAAAGAUAAGAUGUCCUGUCAAUCAUCUGCAGUGUCUGGGCACCCACAGAUGUGUUCAUUACAGUAAACUCUGCAACGGAGUACGGGAUUGUGAGGACGGUUACGACGAGGGCGUACACUGUCGUGAGUUGGUGCGUAGCUGCCAGGAGCGAAGGUGUCAGUUCGACUGUGUUAUCAUGAGGAACGGCACGUCCUGUUUCUGCGGGGAAGGGUUCGAAUUAGACGAAGAUGGGAGGAGAUGUCGAGAUCAUGAUGAAUGCAGGGAUUAUGGGACGUGCAGUCAGAUCUGUAUGAACACACAGGGAUCGUACAGAUGCGCUUGCACAGAUGGCUUUAGCCUGCAGGCCAACAGACGAUCGUGCAAAGCCAAAACAGAUCCCGGUGAUAGACCUCCUGUUCUCAUAACAGCAAAUAUGAAUUCUAUAUCAAUUAUUUACCUCAACGGUUCAACUAUGCCAAAUCUCAAGUCCAUGGAGACGAAUGGGACUCAAAUCUUGGACUUUAUUUAUAGAGAGGAAUCUCUUUGUUGGCUCUCGACAGCUGAGCAUACAGGGCAGCUGUGGUGCGCUCGCGUAUCCAAACUUAAAGGAUUUUCAGAAAAACAUCAAAUAAGGAUAGGUCAGAACUUACAAAAUGUGGAAAACAUGGCUGUCGACUGGUUGACGGGAAACUUCUACUUUGUAGACCGAGUCAAUGAUCGAAUAUUUGUUUGUAGCGAACAGGGAGAUGCGUGUGUUACGAUUAUUGACCUCGACAUACAGAACCCAAAAGGCCUGGCGCUGGAUCCUAUAAUGGGAAAACUAUUUUUCACAGACUAUGGGACGGUAGCCAAAGUGGAGCGCUGCAACAUGGACGGCACCAACCGAACUAGGAUAGUGGAGUAUAAAACCGAACAGCCGACCGCUGUGACGUUGGACUUGGUCAAGAAACUCGUCUACUGGGCGGAUGCUUAUCUGGAUUAUAUCGAAGUCGUGGAUUACAACGGCAAGAACAGGCACACGAUCAUUCAAGGCGACUCGGUGUCGCACCUGUACGGAUUAGCGCUCUUUGAAGAUUACCUGUUUGCAACGUCCUCCGAACCCUCCAGAGAGAGCAAAGUGGAUGUAUUAAGAAUAAACCGUUUUAACAACAGCAACACAAACAUUAUCGUCACGUUGGAAAGUGCCAAAAACGCUCGGGUCUAUCACAGACUGGCUCAACCUACAGUCAGGACUCAUGCGUGCAGCCCCGACCCACAAGGGCGAAAUGGUGGCUGCUCGCAUAUCUGUCUCCUGAGUCAAAACUACAAAUCACGCGUGUGCCGAUGCCGGACCGGCCACGUCCUCGCCAGCGAUGGAACGUCCUGCAAAAAACCAAAGAACGAGCUGUUUCUGUUUUAUGGAAAAGGACGACCCGGGGUUAUACGAGGUCUGGAUAUGAAUGUUAAGUCUGGCGACGAGCCCCUGAUUCAGAUCGAGGGCCUGGUGAGUCCCCGAGCGCUGGACUUUCACGCCGAGAGCAGCUACAUCUACUUCGCAGACACUACGAGCUUCCUGAUCGGACGUCAGAAAAUUGACGGAACUGGACGGGAAACGAUACUUAAAGAUGAGCUGGAUAACGUCGAGGGAAUUUCCGUGGACUGGAUCGGAAAUAACCUGUACUGGACAAAUGACGGCUAUAGAAAGACCAUCAGCGUGGCCAGGCUGGAUCGUCCCUCGCAGUCCAGAAAAACGCUUUUGGAAGGAAAUAUGUCUCAUCCGAGAGCCAUUGUUGUGGAUCCUCUAAACGGAUGGAUGUAUUGGACCGAUUGGGAGGAAGAUGAACUCAAUGACAGCAGAGGAAGAAUCGAGAAAGCCUGGAUGGAUGGAUCCCACCGGCAGAUCUUCGUCACGUCCAACAUGCUGUGGCCCAACGGCCUCACCCUCGACCACUCGUCCAGCGUCAUGUACUGGUGCGAUGCCUACUACGACCACAUCGAGAAAAUCUACCUCAACGGCAGCCACAGAACGGUGGUGUACAGCGGAAAGGAAUUGAAUCACCCAUUUGGGAUCGCACAUUACCAAAAUUACGUCUUCUGGACCGAUUACAUGAACGCCUCCAUAUUCCGCCUGGAUUUGUCCUCCGAUGAUGUGGUGCUCAUGCGGGCCGAAAGACCGCCUCUCUUUGGGAUUCAGGUGUACGACCCACAGAGCCAGAAAGGUAACAACCAAUGCUCUGCAAAUCAUGGUGGAUGCAGUCCCUCGUCUCUAUGCCUUGCCACACCUGGAGGUUAUGUGUGCGCCUGCGCAGACGGCCAGCAUCUGGAGAAAGACAACAUCAGCUGCACAUCUCCAUCGGAGGUCACGAAGACGAAACGCUGCGGCCCGGCGGAGUUCCAGUGCAGGAACCAGCGUUGCAUCCAGCUCUCGUGGAAGUGUGACGGUGAUGACGAUUGCUCGGACGGCAGUGAUGAAGAGCCACACCUCUGCUCGAAUCGCAGCUGCCCAGCGGACCAAUUUAAGUGCCUGAACAACCGAUGUAUCCCGAAGAGAUGGUUGUGUGACGGUACCGAUGACUGUGGUAGCAACGAAGAUGAGUCCAACCGCACAUGCUCAGCCCAGACAUGCCAGCCAGGCCAGUUUGCCUGUCAGAAUGGACGAUGCAUCCCUGAGAACUGGCGCUGUGACCGCGAGGAUGACUGCGGGGAUCAAUCGGAUGAAUCUUCAUCAUGUGAUUUUCCGACCUGUGAGCCGCUGACUCAUUUCAGUUGUACAAAUGGGAAAUGCAUCAGUGUGAAGUGGCACUGUGAUUCUGAGGACGACUGUGGAGAUGGCAGUGAUGAGCUGGGAUGUGUUCAUGCCUGUUCGGUGGCUCAGUUUCAGUGUUCCAGUGGGAAAUGCAUCCCUGAGCACUGGAUGUGUGACGGGGACAAUGACUGCGGUGACCUCAGCGACGAGAACACCACCUGCUCAAGAACAGCAUGGACCAGUACGGUGGUCUUAGCUGGUCUUUUCAGCAGGGAAAAUGUUCAUCAACAAUACUCUUUCCUUCAACCAGCGCUCUCAACCACUAACGCCUGUGGCGAGAAAGAGUAUCGUUGCCGUGGCGACGGGACCUGCGUUUCCGAACUUUGGCGCUGUGAUGGCGACAAAGAUUGCGAAGACGGUAGCGACGAAUUUGCCUGUGAGGGAACCAAACGCAUGUGUGACCACAAAGCCAAGUUCACAUGUAAAGUCUCAGGGAAAUGCAUCAGUAGAGACUGGGUGUGCGACGGGGACAUUGACUGCGAGGACCAAUCAGAUGAGGAGGGGUGCGAGGUGUCCGUCUGUAAACCUCCGAAGUUCCCAUGCGCCAACGAUACAUCCGUGUGUCUCUCACCGGAGCGGAUCUGCAACGGUUGGAGAGACUGUGCAGACAAUUCAGACGAAGGGCCAUACUGUGAUGAGUGUUCUGUACGGAAAGGCGGUUGCAGUCACGAGUGCGCCGUAGCGCCGGGUAAAGGGGUGACGUGUUCCUGUCCGCCGGGGUUCCAGCUCGCCUCAGACGGACGCACCUGCGAGGUGCUGGAUUAUUGUACCAAGCACUUACGAUGCAGUCAGGUGUGCGAACAACAUAAGAACACUGUGAAAUGCUCCUGCUAUCCAGGCUGGAGUCUGGGACCUGAUGGAGACAGCUGCCACAGCACAGAUCCUUUCGAGGCCUUCAUCAUAUUUUCAAUCAGGCACGAAAUCCGACGCAUUAACCUGCAAAGGGGCGACUACAGCCUGCUGGUCCCCGGUCUCCGAAACACCAUUGCUUUGGAUUUCCACUACAGCCAGAGUCUGCUGUACUGGACCGAUGUGGUAGAAGACAAAAUUUACCGUGGGAAGCUGUCUGACAGCGGAGGUGUCUCUGGCAUCGAGAUGGUUGUCCAGCACGGAUUGGCCACCCCCGAGGGACUCGCCGUGGAUUGGAUAGCGGGCAAUCUUUACUGGAUUGAUAGUAACCUGGACCAGAUCGAGGUGGCCAAGUUGAACGGCGACUUGCGCACCACCCUUAUCGCCGGGGGUAUGGAGCACCCACGGGCCAUAGCCGUGGAUCCGGGCCAGGGCGCUCUCUUCUGGACCGACUGGGACGCUACGUUUCCUCGCAUCGAGGGCGCUUCGAUGAGCGGCGAUCGUCGGCACGUGGUCUACAAGGACAUGGGCACGGGCGCCUGGCCUAAUGGACUCACGCUGGAUCACAUGGAAAGGAGGAUCGUGUGGACAGACGCUCGGUCUGAUGCUAUAUACUCCGCUCUGUACGACGGCACAGGCUUGAUAGAAAUUUUGCGGGGGCAUGAGUUUCUCUCUCACCCGUUUGCCGUGUCUCUCUUCGGUGGCAACGUCUAUUGGACCGACUGGAGGACCAACACGUUGACCAAAGCCAACAAGUGGACCGGUGCCAAUGUGACCGUGAUUCAAAGAACCAGUGCCCAGCCUUUCGACCUGGAGAUUUACCAUCCCAGCAGACAGCCACAGACUCCCAAUCCAUGUGAUGGUAACAGAGCAAGAGGUCCGUGUUCUCAUCUGUGUCUUCUAAAUUACAAUGGUAGCGCAUCUUGCGCCUGUCCACAUCUCAUGAAACUCGCACCUAACAACCGAACCUGCCAAGGUGUUAAGAAAUUCCUGCUGUAUGCUCGGAGAUCUGAAAUCCGAGGAGUGGAUAUAGAUAACCCGUACCUCAACAUCAUCACGGCCCUUACCGUACCCGACAUCGAUGAUGUCACGGCGAUGGAUUAUGAUGCGGUAGAUGAGAUGAUUUAUUGGGCCGAUGUGAAGACCCGAACUAUAAAACGGGCGUUUAUUAACGGAACCAAACUUGAAACGGUCAUGUCUGGAGACCUGUCCAACGUCCGUGGCCUUGCUAUUGAUUGGCUUUCCAGAAAUAUGUACUGGAUGAGCUCGGACAAUGAUGAGACGCACAUAAACGUCGCUCGCCUGGACGGAUCUCUCAAAAGCACCGUCGUUCACGGCAUGGAUAAACCUAAGUGCCUCGUCUUACACCCAUCCAAAGGGAAGAUGUUCUGGACGGAUGGCAGCACCAUAAACAUGGCCAACAUGGAUGGCAGUAACAUAAAGAUUUUGCAUCAGAACCAGAAAGAGCCAGUUGGGCUUUCGAUAGACUACUCGGCCAAUAAGCUGUACUGGAUCAGUUCUGGAAAUGGAACCGUUAAUCGGUGUAACUUGGAUGGAAGUGGCCUAGAUGUGAUUGACGGCUUAAAGAAGGAACUACGGAAAGCUACCUCGCUGGCAGUGAUGGGUGGAAAGCUAUGGUGGGCGGAUGAUAUUUUGGCUCAGCUGGGUACUGUUAACAAGAGAGAUGGAAGAAACCUGACGGUUCUCCGGAAUAAGACAACAGGAGUCGUUCACAUCAAAGUGUAUGACAAAGACAGUCAGAAAGGUCAAAAUAUAUGCGUGUCGAACAACGGUGGGUGUUCACAGCUUUGCCUGCCCACCUCUGAAAACACUCGAACUUGUUCUUGCACCAUGGGGUACAACCUACGCUCGGACCGCUCCACUUGUGAAGGUGUUCAGUCAUUUGUAAUGUAUUCAGUAAAUGAAGGAAUAAGAGGACUGUCUCUUGACCCUAACGAUAACUCUGAAGUUUUGAUGCCGGUAACUGGCACUUCAUUUGCUGUGGGUCUGGAUUAUCAUGCUGCAAAUGACACGAUAUACUGGACCGACAUAGGCACAAACAAAAUCUCCAGAUCCAGCCGAGAUCAAAUCUGGAGGGAGGACAUAAUCACCAGCGGUCUCGGGCGCGUGGAAGGACUCGCGGUGGAUUGGGUAGCAGGUAAUAUUUACUGGACGGACCACGGCUUAAAUCUGAUCGAGGUCGCUCGACUGAACGGUAUGUACCGCGCCGUGGUGAUAUCUGAGGGACUCGAUCAACCCAGAGCAAUUGCCGUACAUCCAGUGAAAGGGUUUCUAUUUUGGACUGAGUGGGGACAGAGUCCCACCAUCUCCAGGUCACAUCUAGAUGGUUCGGAAAAAUCUCCACUUGUUAGCACCGGACUAGCUCGACCCAGCGGGGUCUCCAUAGACUACCAGGAAAAUAAAUUAUACUGGUGCGACUCCCGCAACAGCAAGAUAGAAAGAAUCAACCUGGAGGGGAGCGAACAGAGGGAGAUAGUGUUCGCCAAGAACGGUGCGGAUGUGUUUUCCAUAGCCGUCUUCGGGGCGUACCUCUUUUGGGCUGACAGAGCUCACGCCAACGGAUCCAUCCGCCGUGCCUCCAAGAACGAUGCCGUGGAUGCGGUGACGAUCCGGAGCGGCCUCGGCGUCAGUGUGAACGAUGUGAAGGUCUUUAAUCCGGAUCGGGAGAAAGGUACGAAUCCUUGUGGAAGAGCUAACGGCGGAUGCCACCAGCUUUGUUUUUACUUGGGGAGCAAUCGGAAGACUUGCUCCUGUGCUCAUGGAUACCUUGCUCAGGAUGGUUUUCGGUGCAUCAGGUACGAGGGAUACCUGCUAUACUCCGAGAGGACUGUAUUGAGAAGCAUUCACCUGUCGGACGAAAAUAACUUCAACUCACCCGUACAGGCGUACGAGAACCCGGCUUAUUUUAAAAACAUUAUAGCGCUGGCAUUUGAUCAUCGUCAGAAAACGCAAGGAACCAAUCGGAUUUUCUUCAGCGACGUGCAUUAUGGGAAUAUACAAGUUAUUCAUGACGACUGGACGGGACGACGUAUCAUUGCAGAGAACGUUGGUUCUGUUGAGGGGUUGGCGUACCAUCGAGGUUGGGAUGUUCUCUACUGGACGAGCUCCACCACGGCCACCGUCACUCGUCACACCAUCGACCAGGCCAGACCGAACGCCUUCAACAGGGACACCGUAGUAUCACUGUCUGAAGAAGACCAUCCACAUGUUCUCACGCUGGAUGAGUGUCAGAGCUUGAUGUUUUGGACUAACUGGAACGAACAAAGGCCGAGCAUCAUGAGGUCGACGUUAUCCGGCCGAAACGUCCAGGUCAUUGUUAGCGCAGACGUCAUCACCCCUAAUGGACUCACCAUCGACCACAAAGCCGAAAAGCUGUACUUCUCCGACGGCAGCCUCGGGCACAUCGAGAGGUGUGAUUAUGAUGGCUCGCACAGAUACGUGAUUUUAAAAUCAGAGGCCGGAACGUUUUUUGGCUUGGCAAUUUACGGAGACUUCAUCUUCUGGUCCGACUGGGUUCGACGGGCCGUGAUCCGCUCCGAUAAGCUAAACGGAGCCUAUAUGAAAGUUCUCCGCGCUGACAUUCCUCAUCAACCAAUGGGAAUCGUCGCUGUUUCCAAUGACACCAACAGCUGCGAGUCAUCUCCAUGCAGCGUGAACAAUGGAGGGUGCCAUGACCUUUGCCUUCUGACCCCGCAUGGUGUGGUAAACUGUAGUUGUCGUGGAGAACGGAUAUUACUGGAUGAUAACAGAUGUGUAUCCAUGAACUCCUCCUGUAACAUCCACUCGGAGUUCCAGUGCGGGAACGGCGAAUGCAUCGACUACCAGCUGACAUGUGAUGGCAUCGCUCACUGCAAAGAUAGGUCGGAUGAGAAAAUGCAGUAUUGCGAAAACCGGAACUGCCGACAUGGUUUUAAAUUGUGCUAUAACCAGCGCUGUGUCGCCAAGCAUCGUUUCUGUGAUGGUGUGAAUGACUGUGGGGAUAACUCUGAUGAAGUUUACUGUAACAGUUCCUUAUGUUUGUCUUCUGAACGCCGUUGCGCAGACGGGUCCUGCAUCCCGCUGUCAUCCUGGUGUAAUCAGAUCAUCGACUGUGCUGAUGCAUCGGACGAGAAAAACUGCAAUAGCACAGACUGCGUGGAGUACUUCAGACUUGGUACUCGUGCCAGCAACGGCAAGACAUUUCUGAGCUGCAACUCCACGUCGCUGUGCGUCCAUCCCUCCUGGCUCUGCGACGGAGCCAAUGAUUGUGGAGAUUACGCAGACGAAAUGAACUGCCACGCUUCUGCGAUACAUACGUGCGAGGACGGCCAUUUUGCGUGUCCCAGCGGAAACUGCAUUUCUAGCGUGUGGUUGUGCGAUGGACAGAAAGAUUGCGAGGAUGGAGCCGAUGAAUUUCAAUGCGAUUCAUCAUGCCUUUGGAAUCAGUUCGCCUGCUCGAAAAACAAGUGCAUUGCCAAACAAUGGGUCUGUGACGGGGAGGACGACUGUGGUGAUGGAUUGGACGAGAGCGAGGAAGUUUGCGCAGGUUUGGUAACCUGUGCUCCAGGUCUCUUCAGUUGUCCAGGCUCAUAUGCUUGUGUUCCCAGGAAUUGGUUGUGCGAUGGAGAGAGAGAUUGUCCUGAUGGCAGCGAUGAACUUGCAGUAGCCGGCUGUGCUCCAAACAACACAUGUACAGAGAACACGUUCCAGUGUCGCAACCAGAACUGCAUCCCACGCCGCUUCGUAUGCGACCGCGACGACGAUUGCGGCGACGGUUCGGACGAGUCUAUUGAAUGCGAGUACCGCUUAUGCAAAGAAGAGGAGUUUCGUUGCACGGAUGGGCGGUGUUUACUCAGCGCUCAAUGGGAGUGUGACGGUUUCCUCGACUGUCUCGACCAAUCAGACGAGCUGCCACUGAACCCAAAAUGUUCCGCUGCAGAAAGUUUGUGCAACGGUUCGGUUUUCAUGUGUGCAAACGGUCGCUGCGUACCACUGGGAAGCGUGUGUAAUCGCCAUGACGACUGCGGCGAUCGCUCGGACGAACGAAACUGCAAUGUUAACGAAUGUUUAAAUCGGAAGGUCAGCGGCUGCUCGCAGGACUGUCAAGAUCUACCUGUAGGAUACAAGUGCACUUGCUGGCCCGGGUUUCGUCUCAAAAACGACGGCAGGACCUGCAUCGACGUCGACGAAUGUACUGAAAGUUUCCCGUGCAGCCAUCAGUGCAUCAACACUUACGGAUCGUUUCAUUGCCUAUGCGCCGACGGGUACCAGCGGACCGCCGGUAACCCGCAGAGCUGCAGGUCUCUCUCAGCAGAGGAGCCAUUUCUUAUUCUCGCGGACCAUCAUGAGAUCAGAAAGAUCAGUCUGGAUGGGUCAAACUACACCCUUCUGAAACAGGGACUCAGUAAUGUCAUCUCUCUAGACUUUGACUACAGGAAGGAGUUGAUCUAUUGGAUUGACACCAGCAGGCCCAGCGGACGCAGAAUAAACCGCAUGCGUCUCAAUGGAAGUGACCUUAAGGUGGUUCACAGGACGUCGGUCCCCAGCGCUCUGGCUGUCGACUGGAUCGGGAAGAACUUGUACUGGUGUGAUGGAGAGAGGAAGACUCUGGAGGUGGCGAAAGCUAAUGGACUCUACCCAACUAUACUGCUCAAGUCUGGAUUGAGAAAUCCAACUGCUUUGGCUCUGGACACACAAACAGGAUACGUGUUUUGGAUCGACUGCUGUGAGCAGCCUCACAUCGGACGAAUCGGGAUGGACGGCAGCAGAAAACGCAUCAUCAUUGAUACAGAAAUACACAGCCCAUCAGCUCUCACCAUUGACCACAUCAAUAGAAGAAUCUAUUGGUCUGAUGAGAAUCAUAUCUUAUUUUCUGAUAUGGAUGGUACAAAAAGACACAAAGUCCCUAUAAAGGACAUAGGUGGAGUAACUGGUCUCACGCUAUUUGAGGAUUUCAUCUACUGGAGUGACCAGAAAUCCAAAACGCUCAGCCGAUCUCACAAGCUGUCUGGUGGCCGGCGAACAGAGCUCCUCAACUCCUGGCAAACCAUUCGAGAUAUUAAAGUCUACCAUCCUCUCAGACAACCUGACGUGCCAAAGCACCACUGUCAGGUGACUAAUGGAGGUUGCAGUCACCUAUGCCUUCUAUCUCCUGGUGGGGGUUACAAGUGUGCCUGCCCUACACACUUUUAUUUGGCAAACGACAAUAAGACAUGCCUGUCGAACUGCACAGCCAGCCAGUUCCGCUGUGGUACGGAUGAGUGUAUUCCAUUCUGGUGGAAAUGUGACACUGUGGACGACUGUGGAGAUGGAUCCGAUGAGCCAGCAGAUUGUCCGGAGUUUAAAUGUCAACCCGGAAGGUUUCAGUGUGGGACGGGUUUGUGCGCUCUACCUCCUUUCAUCUGUGAUGGAGAAAACGAUUGCGGUGACAACUCGGACGAAGCCAACUGUGACUCGUAUAUCUGCCUUUCCGGUCAGUUUAAGUGCACGCAAAGGCAAAAGUGCAUUCCUGUGAACCUGCGAUGUAACGGACAAGACGACUGCGGCGACGGUGAAGACGAAACGGAUUGCCCCGAGAACACCUGCUCACCGUCCCAGUUUCAGUGCAAGACGACAAUGCACUGCAUCUCGAAACUGUGGGUGUGCGACGAAGACCCCGACUGCGCAGACGGCUCGGACGAGGCCAACUGCGAUGAGAAGACCUGCGGGCCGCAUGAGUUUCGCUGCAGGGACAACAACUGCAUACCGGAUCACUGGAGGUGCGACGGGCAGAGCGACUGCAGCGAUAAUUCGGACGAGGAGAACUGCAAGCCCGUUACGUGCAACUCCAAAAACUUUGUGUGCGCGAAUGGAGAGUGCAUCUCCUCCCGCUUCCGUUGCGAUGGAGACUUCGACUGCACCGAUAACUCGGACGAGAGAGGCUGUGAGAGCCACUGCUCUGAAGAUCAGUUUCAAUGCAUGAAUCAUCUCUGCAUCUCUGUCAAAUGGCUUUGCGACGGACAAGAAGACUGCAAGACCGGAGAAGACGAGGCCAACUGCAGCCCUGCCAACACCGCCAUGACAGCUCGGCCGACGUCCUGCGGUCUGAACGAGUACGUCUGCGUCGGAGGGGGCUGCGUGUCUGCCAGCCAGCGCUGUGACGGCCAAAACGACUGCUCCGACGGAUCUGAUGAGGUCGACUGCAUCCAGGAGUGUAAAGAAGAUGAAUUUCUUUGUCGUAAUCGAGCACACUGCAUUCCUGCCCGCUGGAGAUGCGACCGAGUCUUUGACUGCCUGGACCAAAGCGACGAGGACAACUGUGACCAGGGUUCAUCAGCGUGCCGUGCAGAUGAGUUUAUUUGCAACAAUACGCUGUGUAAGCUGCUGGUCUGGGUGUGCGAUGGCGAGGAUGACUGUGGGGACAAUUCAGAUGAAGAUGCCGACAUGUGUGGAAAGUUGCCGUGUCCUCCGAACAGACCUUUCCGCUGCAGGAAUGACAGGGUUUGUCUGCGGACCGAACAAACCUGCAACGCGGCGAACGAUUGCGGUGACAAUUCUGACGAAGAUGACUGUGUGGAUGUGGUCAGAAGGUCCAAGCCUUGUGGAAAAUCAGAGUUUUCCUGUUCCAACCAGCGAUGCAUCCCGGCCGAGCUGCAGUGCGAUCUUUUUGACGAUUGCGAAGACGGCGGGUCGGACGAGCGCGAAUGCAAAUCUCAUUCUGCAGAAGGCACCUGCCGAGAACGGCCGGACUUGUGCGGCGAUGACGCAUUUUGCAACCAUACGAAAACGCCGUCCAUAUGUCAAUGCAAAAAGGGUUUUCAGAGGGACCAGAAGACCAGGCAGUGUGAAGAAGUCAACGAGUGUUUGCGGUUCGGAACGUGUUCACAGUACUGCACCAAUACGAAAGGGUCGUACAAGUGCACUUGUGACCGAAACUUCAAAGAAAUAAACGGAGAAUGCAUCACAAAAGGACCAGAAGAUCAGGUCCUCUAUGUGGCCAACGACACAGAAAUCCGGAGUUUCGUGUAUCCGUAUAACCAAACUCACAGACACACGCAACUCGUUCGGAUAUCGGACAGCGCCCGCAUCAUCGGAAUGGGCGCGAUGUUUCACUUUCACAAGUUUUUGUGGGCCACGCAGUUUAACCCUGGAGGAAUGUUUUAUAGAGACCUGCAGGAGAGAAGUCCCAUCUCAUCUAUCAGUGGAGUCAUAUGUCCAGACUUCAGGAGACCCAGAGACAUCUCUGCCGAUUGGGUAACCGGGAACCUUUACUGGACCGAUCACUCCAGAAUGCAUUGGUUUAGCUACUACACGGCACACUGGAGACGACUACGAUAUUCCAUAAAUGUGGGACAACUGGGCGGCCCAAACUGCACCAGGCUCAUCACCGACAUCGACGGGGAACCUUUUGCUAUCACUGUUAAUCCUGUACGGGGAAUGAUGUACUGGACGGUUAUUGGUGACAAGUCUCACAUUGAAGAGUCUGCCAUGGACGGUUCCUUGCGUCGCGUCUUGCUGGAGAAAAACUUGCGAAGGCCGACGGGACUUGCCAUUGAUUAUUACAACCAGCGGUUGUAUUGGGCGGAUUCAGAGCUCUCUCGGAUCGGCAGUGUGCGAUUCGACGGCUCUGAUUCGCUGGUGGCCGCUAGUGGUCGAGAUGGAAUCUCUCAACCCUUUCGAAUCGACUUGUUUGAGGACUACAUUUACGGAGUCGGCAUGAAGCACAACAUCUUCAGGGUUCACAAAUACGGGAAGUUUCCUGCCGAGAGACUCAGUCUGGGUGUGGAGAGAGCAUCUAGUAUCCUGGUCUUCCAUCGGUACAAACAACAAGAGAUCUCGAACCCCUGUGCCAAGCUGAAUUGUGCGUUUCUCUGCCUCCUGAACCCCACCGGGGCCAGUUGUGUAUGUCCUGAGGGAAAAAUUCUGGUCAACAGGACCUGCGCAGACAGCAACAUCUCAGGUGACCUUUGCCGCCCAGCCUGCGAGAAUGGUGGUCGAUGUCUGACGAACGAACGUGGUGAGUCGCGCUGUUUUUGCUGGCCGAAUUUUUCCGGGGAACGCUGUGAGAUGAGCCACUGUAAGGACUAUUGCCAAAACGGAGGCACCUGUACGGGAUCACCACUAGGAAAGCCAACUUGUCGUUGUGCUCUUGGUUACACCGGCCCGCUGUGCGAGAGGCGCGUAUGCGAUGGUUACUGUCUCAACGGAGGAACGUGCGACAUGACCCUGGGCAACCAACCCGUGUGCCACUGUCUUGCAGAAUACACAGGAGAACGCUGCAUGCACCAUAUUUGUCACCAUUACUGUGUGAACUCCAAGGCCUGCACAAUGUCCAGCUCAGGGUACAUCGAGUGUGUUUGUCCCACCCGCUACGAGGGGCCGAAAUGCGAGACGGACCGAUGUCUUCGUUGCCGUGGAGCCCCGUGUAUCGUCAAUGAAGAGACCGGAGAUGUUGCCUGCAACUGUACUAACGGUAGAAUCGCAGCCAGCUGUCAGUUGUGCGAUGGAUACUGUUAUAAUGACGGUACCUGCCACCUCGACUCGGAGACGGGCCUGCCGUUCUGUCAUUGCCCGUCCGAGUUUAAAAGCCCGAGGUGCGACCAGAGAGCGAACCCUUGCGAUCACUACUGUCAGAACCAGGGCGUUUGUUCCCUCACCGCCUAUAACAAACCCCACUGCAAGUGCUCAGCAAACUGGUCGGGUACGCAGUGUGAAAGACCGUCCACCAAGACCAGCCGCUCUGAAAACUUCAACGGAAGAAGUAUCGCCAUCGUAGUGCCCCUGGUUCUUCUCGUGUUUAUCAUCACCGCUGUUACUCUGGGACUUCUUAUUUGCAAAAGACGGCAAAGAGGGAAACAGGUGCAACGGCAACCCAUGGCAAACGGCGGUCUGAACGUGGAGAUCGGAAACCCGUCGUAUAACAUGUACGAAGUUGACCACGACAAUCACAUAGAUGUGGGAAGCUUUCUUCACCCCAGCUUUACCCUUGACCCUCAUAAGGGCUGGUGUGUGAGGUCCAGCGAUUCUCGCAAUUUACCCGCACACCCUUUGUCUGCACAAACUCUUCCUAUCCAGAACGCUCCAAAGGAGCUCAUUCCAGGACAGGCAAUGAACUAUUCAAACCCCAUAUACACAAAGAUGUAUCAUGACGGACAACAUUGUCGAAAGCCAGUCAUCAACCUCGACACUAGACGUGACGUUCUUCCAAAGAGACUGGAAACGACGAUUCGAGAAACGGCGGCGUAACCUAGAUUUUCAACGACUUGCUUUUUUAUACAAAAAACUCUGUAUAAAAUGUAUAAAACCACAAAAAUGAACUUCAUCGUCAGGUUUAAUGAUCUGUUUUUGUUCUCGCCACCUCAUUUCGUCUCGUCCCACACAUAUUUAUUUUUACGUUAUUUUUGCAGUUUGGAUGCAAGGCUGUUAAAUCACUUUUUAUAAACGAUUAAUGCUGUGUUUUUCUUUGCUUUGUGACUUUGUAUAUGCACUACAAGAAAACAAAAAACAAACCGUUCACAGCUGCUCUCUCUCGAAAGGCUUUAUAUACAUUUAAAGAUGUAUUUUAUAUAGGUUUAUUUACGUACACGGUAUGUAUAUGUUUUCUUGUUGGUGGUAUGAUCACCAAUGCCUAGAUAUUCCCAAGUUGCCUCUAUACAUUUAGCAGUAUAAGGAGAAACUGAUAUUUAAAUGCAUCGUAUAUGCUCACAUCACAGAUUUAUUUUUAUAUUUCUCAUCGAACUGCAAACAUGUUCCCAUAUCAAGUAGAUUAACGUUGUUUUUGGAUGCUUUAAAUAUGCAGUCGAAACCGAAAGUUAAAGUUGGUUUCACUUUCUAUUUUGGAUGUUUCAUUAAAAUAUCCGUCCGCACUAUAGGGGCUAUAAAAUGAAUACAGAUUCACUUUCACUUUAUAUGUUAUGUUCGUGAUAAACACACACGCGCGCGCAUUCUCUGUGCAAAUGUACAAACUAGAGCGGAGAAAGUUUUAUAAUUUUAUAGUUGAUUUGUACGUCCAGUUUGCUUGUAUUUUCUGGAAGUGUAAUAAAUGUUCAAAGUUUUAUACAGAAAAAUGUACACAGUAUAUUUGGUCCGUCUUCACUUUGGGUGAAAACUGAACUGUUGUUGUUUUUUUUU